GUUAACCUCAGACGGUGUGCUCCGACGGAUAGCUGUUAAUGACACAUGCACUUUAGCUUGCUAUCUAGCUAUUGCAUAUAAUCAGGUUAGUAACUAACGUCAAGCUAACUUAGUAUGUCCGCUACCAUUAAAGGUAGUUGUUCAUUAGUACUGAUUAAUUGAGGUGUAAAGUUGUUUCUUGUAAAGCUAUUGAUCAGAAGCCAGUAGUGAAAGACAGGCAAAUGCUGUUGGCGCUGCUUAAUGAUAAGCGAUUAUGCUAAAUUCGUCAGAGAGCUAGUUAAUUGCUGUAGCAACCACGUCGCUUGCUAAAUAAAAGUCAAAGAAGAGAAGUUAUAAAGUACAACGUGAUAACAUUAUGCCUUAGAUGAACACAGACUGGGGCUAAAAUUGACUGCACUUCAACAGAAAGCACCUGAAUGCAAUUAGUUAACCAACGCUACUUCAUCAUUAAGUACAAGCUGUCUAAAGAUGGAAAAAUUGCUGUAGUUAGGUACCACCAGUAUCAUCCGUUAGUACCGCUAUAUUAACCUCUUAAGCAAUGUAACACCAAAUACAGUGUGAAAAUUUCUACAGUGCACAACAUAACACCAGCAUAGAAGUUACGUUAUUUCUCUGGAAUCAAACAAGUACCUGCAUUAACGGAGCACCAAAACGAUAGGAAUGGUACGAUAGCGAUGUUAUCAUUUAGAGACACAUUCUGGAGCUGCUUCUUAGAUGGCUUACGAAUGUCCUUGACAUUGACAGCCAUGAGUGACAACGCAGUGACCGGCAGCCAGCAGCAGUGGUCAGGGUCUGGGCAAACGCAGCAGCCUUCCUGGGGCCCCUAUAUCUCAGUCAUCACCAACAGAACCACUAACCUGGUGAUACGAGGGGCCAUGCUGUUCUCUGUGGGUGUCUUCCUGGCCCUGGUGCUGAACUUACUUCAAGUGCAGAGGAACGUCACCCUCUUUCCCCCUGAUGUCAUCAGUAGUAUCUUCUCCUCAGCCUGGUGGGUGCCACCUUGCUGUGGCACAGCCUCAGCGAUGAUUGGGCUGUUGUACCCUUGCAUCGACAGACAUCUGGGUGAGCCACACAAGUUCAAGCGGGAAUGGUCCAACGUGAUGCGCUGCGUGGCUGUAUUUGUGGGCAUCAACCAUGCCAGUGCUAAAGUGGAUUUUGCCAACAACAUCCAGCUGUCUUUGACUCUGGCAGCACUCUCUAUUGGGUUGUGGUGGACAUUCGACCGCUCCCGUAGUGGCUUCGGCCUGGGAGUUAGCAUCGCCCUGCUGGCAACGCUGGCCACCCAACUCCUGGUUUACAAUGGAGUCUUUCAGUAUACUUCUCCAGAUUUCCUGUACAUUCGGUCCUGGUUACCUUGUAUCUUUUUUGCGGGAGUGAUAACUAUGGGAAACAUAGGACGGCAGCUAGCCUUGUGUGAAUAUAAAUUCAUUCAGGAAAAGACUCAUCAGGACUGACCAAUCUCUUGGUUCCAUCAGGCCUCUGCUCAAAGCGAUUUGCCUUUGCACCAACCUGAAGCCAGAGACAGAUUAUUAUCAGAGAACAUCUGCAUGCAGCAUAGACAAGGACUGGCUGGCCCUGGACGAGCCAGUAAGGCAUGUCAAAUGCCCCCUCAGCUCUUGGCUACCUGGUGCUUUUUUCUGGACUAGACAGUAUUUUUGAUUGGCUCUUGUCAGGCCAUUCAGAUCUUGGAGCUGUCACUGGCUACAUUCUAACUUGAGCUGAGCUGAACAAUGAGAUUGGAGUUUCUUGUGUUUUUUCUUUGGUGCAGUUUAUCUCUACUUACCUGGGAAGGGAUUAGCAGCAAAGCAUCUAUCGUUCUUCAGAUCAGCUCGGAUGUUUGAAACCAAACAUCCGAGCCUUUGGCUCCAUUGUGCCAAACACAUGCACACAGGGGAUCAGUUUUAAACUCUGCUCUUAUCGCCUGAUUCUUUCACAUCCUCCACGUAUCAGUGGAGAACACGCAGACUAGUUAUUUUAGAUCUAGAAAGACAUGCAUUUAUGCCAGACCUUUUAUUGUAUGUAAUUAGUGUAUAUCUACAUUUAAAUUUUCUUGAAUAAGGAAGGAUAAUGUGUACUGUAUGUGCAAUGUUCACCUGCAGUUGGUAUUUCCACCAGCCACACUGACGUUCAGUAUCAUCUGAGCCAGAGAUGGAAAGGAAACAUGACGACGAUUGCUUUCGCCGUCGUGUGUGUAUGACACACACACGACAGCAAUCGUGCAAAGCUCUAAGGAUCUUGGUUGGAAUUGAAUGGUGUAUUUGGAAUUUUAACUGGCAGAGCAAAUUAGUUUCAUUCAUAUUAAUUAAGCACAUUAAGACAUUUUCUUAUUAAAUUCCAUUUAUGUUUUUAAAUACUUUCUUCAUUUCAGGGAUCAACAUUUGUUCAACUUGUAUCUUUAGUCAUCUUAGUUGGUUUAAAAUGGGCAAGAAGCAGCGUUCAAUUUACCCAAAACAGUAGAAAUGCCAAAUUUCCCAGAUUGUCUUCAUUCAGCACUUGACAAAAAUUUGAUGGUUAUCCCCUAUGAACCAUUACAGUUAGUAUGAAUUAUGACUGUAGAAAAUAGAGAUAGUAUAUUAGAUUCGACUUUUUCUACCUACCUAUCUUGUGUGGCAAGAUUGUAUGGGGACACUUUCACUGGACUUAUUUUCAUGCAUGUUGGAUUUCUUUGUUCUGAAGUUGGCUGGUUAAUUAACUACAGAAGCGCUGACUUUAAUUGAGAUACAUUGUAGUUAACUUGCCCACAAGCAAAACCUACAAAUAUAGUGUUUAGCAGUGUUUAAAGUCUGUUUUAAAAAAAAUCUGGUUCUUCACUUUACGCAGUAGGUGUUUUUCAGGUGGGUGGAUGGAUUGAAAAUCCUCCUGGUAAAAACUAAUGAAACAAAGAAGAAAACUUGCAUAAUAUAAACAAGGACCACUUGUGUAGCUGUACAAGGUGGGACUGGAUCAUUUAAGGGACAUUUUUAUAACAAUUUCUUUGUGAUAAAUUAUGAUGAAUAUAAUUAAAAUUACAGCAUAUACAACAGAACCAAUAAGAAACAGUGUUUUUGUAAUAUUUCAUGAUGUAGGUUAAACGAUUUGGAAAAAAAAAAUGGAGAAACCUUUUUGAUUCCUUUUUUUGGGGUAGCAUGUUUUAUAUCAGCACUGUAGCAACUGUAACUGUUGUCAGAGUAAGAAAAAAUGCUAUAAUUCCUUUAGGAUGAAAUGUAUAGUGGUAAACCAGGGAUUGCUAGUUCCACUCAUUUAAGCAGUCUCUGAAACCUGAAUAUGAGCAAUUUGUUUUGGUUUAAUAAAGACCACAAUCUUGUGGUAACUGCCUCAAAUUUCUCCAUUUAUUGGUAAUACAUUUUCUUCUCUAUUGCAGUACCAAAUGUUUUUUAAACUUAAUAUUUCAAGUAAAUCCUUGGUGAACCCACAAUUUCCAGUGUAAUUACAUUGUAUAAAUCAGAUACCAAUAAAAUCAAAUUUUAGCAUUAUAGCCCAAAAACAUUAUUCUUAUAUAAUCAAAAGAAUUAAAAAUUGCUAGGUUCCUUAUUAAAGAGAUUAGCCAUAUUUGAUCCACCUUCAUCUGUAUGUGUAUUAUUACAUGACUUUAUCCUACACUGUUGGACCAACAUGCCUGCUAGGUGCUCAUUUUCAAAAGUAUAGAUCCAUUUCUGGACUUGUCCUCAUUUCAAAUAACACAAUGAAGUAAAAAUUAAAAAAAAAGAAUGUAACAUAAAUAAAUCCCUGGAGUCUGGGUGUGGCUGAGCGCGCGCAUCUAUAGUUUUUUCUCAUACACACUGCAAUAAUGUUUGUUUGUUUGUUGUUUUAGUGAAACUACAACAUGUAGUUUCCUUUACAUCAUAAGAAUAAAGAAUGUGGGAUUUAAUAUAAUGUGUGACUGUUCUCUCCUUUUCACUCUCUAAUUAAACAGUGAGAAAAAGGUUUAAUUUUCAUGUCUUCAAUUGGUACUCGGUUCUUUACCCUGUAGAUACCCAGUAUUUACAAAAAUUCUCAGAGCAUAAUUUCUUUCUCCUUUCCUCUCACCAUACAUUUAAGCACCAGCAGGAGACCAGUAAGUUUUU